GUCUCGGGUCGGGUUCACAAACAUUCAAACAGCUGUGCGGCUUCGGGCCUUCGGGCACCAUCGCUUUUGUUCGGCCUGGGAUAUAUACACACACCGCAUAGAGCGUAUACUGUAUAGUAUAGUGUGUGCACCAGUCUAUUGCUGUACUGACGAACAAGUUCGUUGUCUCUGACUGAUUCAGAUUCAGUAGCACAUGAGUUUCCGUGGUGGGAGGACGUCGCUACCCCGCCUUGCGUUUAAUAAUAAAUCAACAUAAAGGGCUUCCAGUGAAUCAAGUUUUAUACGUUACUAAAAUCAUAGUUUUUGUAUAGUGUAUAUAGUGAUUCAGUUGUUUCCGCCUCAGUGGAUUUCUCUUUGUGAAUCAGAAAACCUCUAUCCUGCGCAAUAAGACCCAGGAUGGUAAAAACGCGAUGACGCCCGGGCUGAAGAUGGAGUCAAAGAGCACCCAGAUCCACUUGCCGCUGAUGGGGCGCGGCAGCCGCGGCGAUCUCAGCGACAAGGUCACCUUCUCACAAAUCAAGUCACCAGAACAGCUCAAUAAUGGACAGCUUUUGGGGGGCUCACAGAUGAACCUAUGCAAUGGCGGUGUGGGCACAGCCGCGAUGACCGGUCUCGUCCCCAAGAUCCACAAUGACUGCGGCGACCAAAAGAAACCGAUGGCGUCCCUAACACAUCUUCCCAAACGACCGCCAGUCGAUAUAGAGUUCUCUGAUCUCUCCUACUCCGUUAGCGAAGGCAGAAAGCGAGGGUACAAAGCGUUGCUCAAGUGCAUCAAUGGGACUUUUCGCUCCGGUGAGCUGACCGCCAUUAUGGGACCUUCAGGAGCUGGGAAAAGCACUCUUAUGAAUAUUUUAGCGGGAUACAAAACGUCCAACGUAACUGGAUCAAUACUCAUAAAUGGUAAAGAAAGAAAUCUCCGACGGUUUCGGAAGCUCUCCUGCUAUAUAAUGCAGGAUGACUGCCUUCUACCUCAUCUUACCAUACGGGAAGCGAUGUAUGUCUCAGCAAAUCUAAAGCUAGGGAAAGACAUGACGGUUACCGCAAAGAAAAUUGUGAUCGAUGAAAUUCUAGAAAUGUUGAGCCUUGUCGAUGCAGCUGAUACUCGCACGAUAAACCUAUCAGGGGGCCAAAAGAAACGUCUGUCGAUAGCUUUAGAGCUGGUUAACAAUCCACCUGUGAUGUUCUUCGAUGAACCGACUUCAGGGUUGGAUAGUUCGUCGUGUUUCCAAUGCAUAUCAUUAUUGAAGUCAUUAGCGAGAGGUGGCAGAACCAUUAUAUGCACAAUACAUCAACCGUCCGCGCGAUUGUUUGAAAUGUUCGACUUUUUGUACACUUUAUCAGAAGGGCAAUGUAUAUACCAGGGAAGAGUUUGUGGCUUGGUACCCUUUUUAUCGUCAAUGAGUCUACAUUGUCCGAGUUAUCACAAUCCUGCUGAUUAUGUAAUGGAAGUGGCGACGGGUGAGCACGGUGAUUGGGUGCAUAAGUUGGUGAUGGCGGUCAACAAGGGCUAUUGUGGCCGCGGGCAGACAUCGACAUCGUCGUCAUCAUCGUCCGUCCCACAAAACUGCAACUUUAACAACCAAAGUAAGAGUAAUGUGGAAAAAGUAGACGCAUUACAAAUUGUGAUAGAUAAACCCACCUGCACUGUGAUAGACAUGUCCGAACCAAAUAUAAAUACGGAGAAACAAAACGCUUUACCUAACGCAACGAACCUCGCACCGGUGACUUGCACCACUUCCCUCCUCGACUCAAGUGAAAGUUUCACGAAGAAACCUAUCAACGCUGGUUUCCCUACGUCCGGCUGGAAGCAAUUCUGGAUUCUAUUGAAACGGACGUUCAGGAGCAUAUUACGUGAUCAAAUGUUGACGCAUUUAAGGCUAUGUUCGCAUACAGUCGUCGGUCUGUUAAUCGGGUUCCUGUAUUACGAUAUAGGCCAUGACGCAGCUAAAGUGAUGAGCAACGCUGGCUGUAUAUUCUUUACUGUGAUGUUUACUAUGUUUACAGCUAUGAUGCCCACUAUCCUUACAUUCCCAACAGAGAUGAGCGUGUUUGUGCGAGAGCAUUUGAACUAUUGGUACUCAUUGAAAGCGUUCUACUUCGCGAAGACUAUGGCGGAUUUACCGUUUCAGAUCGUGUUCAGUGGCGUGUACGUGAUAAUCGUAUACUUUAUGACCGGGCAGCCGAUGCAAACGGACAGAGUACUAAUGUUUACUACAAUAAACAUUCUGACAGCGCUGGUCGCCCAAUCGCUAGGCUUGCUCAUAGGCGCUGCCAUGAAAAUCGAAACCGGGGUCUAUCUCGGACCUGUAACGACCAUCCCCGUCGUUCUUUUCUCCGGUUUCUUCGUGAACUUCAACGCGAUACCAAGCUAUUUGCAAUGGUUGACAUACCUCAGUUACGUCAGAUACGGCUUCGAAGGGGCUAUGUUAUCGGUAUAUGGAUUUGGAAGAGAGAAACUUCACUGCUCUGAAGCAUACUGCCAUUUCAGAAAUCCUGAUAUGUUCCUCAAAGAGAUGACGAUGGAUCAUGCGAAUUUUUGGGUCGAUGUAGGAGCGCUGAGUGCUUUCUUCGUUUUUAUUAGAGUAAUUUCCUAUUUAGUUCUAAGGUUCAAGUUGAAGAUGAUGCAGUAGAGGAUAUUUAUGCACAAAACGUGAAGCUUACGUAUAUCGGUGAUAUGAACAUUUCCGAUUUUUCAACAAGUUGUAAAAUGCACGACGUAUUCAUAUUUGAGGAUGACUGAAACUGGAAUGUCAAUAAAGGUUAUUGCACAUUUGUCAGCACCGUACAUGCGUACGUAGAUAACUUUUUCGCCUAUUUCCUGGUUCCGCAUCAUCUAUCACAGAUGAUUAUUAGAAUCCUUGUUCUGCUUACAGAAAUUCCGAUGGCAAGGAGAUUGAACAAGUCCUGGCCAGAGCUGACUUACGUAGUAGCUAGAGACCACCCUGGUAAAGGAGAUGGGCGUCGUCUUCUUAAUAACAGCUAAAAAUAAAAGACUGCGGUUGUAAACCCGCCUGCCAAGCGUGGCAACUGUUACAAAUAUCCUAGCCUCAAUAAUACCUCUAGCAAUCUAUGGCGUAGACGUAGGUAUUUUACAUGAGUACACGCCAAUUUGCUGUUUUUCUUGCUGUGAACGUUCAGACGUUGCGACGUUGUGAACGUUCGGACUUAACUGUAUUAAGACGCGUAUGCGUACGGGGUAAUGCGUACAGUGCAGGCAAAUUUACGUUGACCCUAAAUUUAGCUCAGUAUCUGUUAUUUGCGUAUUGCUAUUGUCACUGGUGUGUUUACGUACGUACCGAGGCGGUUAGUUAAAAAUGUAGAACUAAAUUAGUUUUCGAAAUAUAUAGCUUUAUAGGUCGCAAUAGUUUGUUUAUACGUACACAAUAGGUUAGUUAAGGUUUUAUAGAUGAUCGGGCCCAUGACUUAAUCUUAAGUUACUUAAAUCGUAAUGAAAUGAUAUUAAUUUUGUUUCUAUUUAUAAACUCGUAAUGUGGAGUUUUUACUUAAUAUAUAAUAUGCGUUUGACGGAAUGGCAUCUAUCAGAAUGUAACGUAUUAUUACAAGAUUAGAAAUUUUAGAUACAUAAUGAGUGUGCCGUUUUGACAGAAGCCAUUUUGGAAAAAUUACAUUUACUCAAUUUAUCAUUAUAUUCUAGAUUUUAAUUAGAUUCAUGAAGUACCUUGUAUUACGCUAAAGAUUUUUCGUAAAUCUCUAUAUGUCUAUCCUAAUUACCAGUAUUUAUUAAUUAUUAAUAAACGACUGUGAUUUUUAUUAGCAGUGUUGUUUGUU